AUGGGAGACCUUCUGCACCAGCAACAACUAGUUCUUGCUCCUGGUUUUAGGUUCCGGCCGACGGACGAGGAAAUUGUUAGUUUCUACCUAAACAAGAAGGUGAAGGACAAUAGCUUCUGCACAACUGCCAUUGGAGAGGUGGACAUCAACAAGUGGGAGCCAUGGGUGCUCCCGUUGAAGGCGAAGAUGUCGGGGCCGGGUGUGCAGGAGUGGUACUUCUACUACCAGAAGGACCGCAAGUACCCAACGGGCCGUAGGAUCAACCGCACCACCGAGGCUGGGUACUGGAAGGUCACGGGAAAGGACAAGGAGAUCUUCCAUGGCCAUGGCCUUCUAAUCGGCAUGAAGAAGACGCUCGUCUUCUACAUGGGCAGAGCUCCAAAUGGCAAGAAGACCAACUGGGUCAUGCAUGAGUACAUGAUUCCCUCUUAUACCACCAACGACGCCAUUAAUACAUCUUCUAAUUUGAAGGACGAGUGGGUGGUUUGCAGGGUCUUCCACAAGAAUACUAAGGAGGUGGUGAUGUCGUGCCCCAUGGAGCAAAUGAAUAAUGACGAGAUCACGAUCUCCAUGCCUAUGUCCAUGGCCGGAGAUGAUCAACAAGGCUUCGACACCAGUAUCAUGGCAUGCACACAGACAAUACAACUGCCACCUCCCAUGGACCCCACCUCCUCCAUGUAUAAGAUGUAUGACAAUGCUGGCUCGUCGUCGUUGGUGCCACUUGCAACUAAUGACCUCUACUUUGGGAAUAACCAAGCGUCGCCCAUGUCCUUCUACCAACAUCACAUGCAGAUGCCGACCCAGAUGGACGCAAUGGCAGGUGAGGGCUUCAUGGUGGCACCGACUAGUGGUCCAUCAUCCAUGGUGUUGCAGGACCACAAUACCAAUACUGCCGAUGAGACCUUCCUGGUGGAUCAAAUGGGAAGGGAUGGCAUGGGGAAUAACUUCUGA